AUGGGGGCGACCAAUAUCCAGGAUGCAAAGCUCCUGAUCGAGUCCUCACGGGUAGUCGACCGAACGAGCGGUCUCAAAGACCUCAUCCACAUCCUCAAGCACAAUCGCGGGAAGCCUAGUCUGGAGGCUCUUGGGAACAAAUCAUACCUGGCGCUAUGCGAGACGCUUUUCCAGUGCCUACACGAUGGGCGCACCGCCUUCUUCCACGGUAAGACCAAGGCGACGAAGGCUGGUUCUACUGCGGCCCUCCUUCCCCUCUCGGCAUCGGCCCUGCGUCACGUCAUUGCCUCGGGCGUGCGGACCAUCAAGAGCUCUACGGUCGAGAUGAUAAUAGACACGAUAAUUGAGGUGCUUCCCGCGACGACUGGUCUCGUUGAGCCGCUUCUGGAAGCCCUCCCAAAAACGCUGCGAUCCCUCUUAGAGUACCAGCCCCACGUUGAGCGCCUGUCAAAGGAGUGCUGGGAUGCUGCCGUCGAUUUCUGCAUCGAAACUCUGGCCGGCUUCUUCCAAGAGUCGCCCGCCGAAGGUGAGCCACAGAACAGCUGGAGCACUAAUGUUUCCAGCCGCGCCCGCACUCCCCUUGAAGCCGACUUCACGUCCUCUAGAGCCUCUCCACGCUUGCCAGUGACCAAGACCAAGUCAACCCCUCCAGAGCACGUUCGCGCAACAGAAGACUUUGUCCAUUGCCUGCAUCAUCUCGUCAAGGCUUCCAAUGCGCCAUUGCUAGACAAGGCUGACGCCGUUCUGGCUGUCUUACUAAAGUUCUUGCAACAGAGGACUACCCGUGGAAGUACGGGCGUGGCUGCCCUGGCCGCUGUCAACGCGGUCCUCGCACGCAUCACGUUGCAAUCUGUCGAGUUGACCAAGCGUACGGUGCAAACAUUGCUCCCGCUCCUCAAGCUUAUGUGGUCCGAGGCUAUCCUACGAGAUGAGAUUAUGAUCAGUCUGAUAUACACUGAGGCACACAUUGCGAGCCUUCUCACUGACCCAGAUGACGAAACCACUAGCUCUGACCUGGAAGGCCUCGUUGAGACCAUGUAUGGCGACUACCGACGCAGGCAAGAAACUACCGCGCACCAAUAUCUUGAAGAGGAUCAUCUCUGUUUUCGACACUUGGGGCCUGCUCGCAAUGAGACUCAUCCCCUGAACACAUGCGCAUUCUCCAUGGAGACUGAACAUCAGCGAUAUGAAGGGUUGUGGUCUACAGUAUCCACCAUUGCGCGGUUUUCAUUUAUGCUUGAUGAGCGAAGGAUGUCCAUCGCCCAUGACCGUAGCGACAGCGAAGAGAGCUUUAGCAAACGUGUUCGCAUUACUCAAUUAUUCCCUGAAUACCUUCGUCAUGUGUCUGAGCCCAGAUCGAAUGCCAAGCGAGCAGCUCUACAGGUCGUUUCGUUCAUGAUUCAGGAAGGACCAUUUGACGAAGAGGAACUUCAAUCGCUGUUGGAGAAGCUCACUUCGUGCAUCUCAGAUGAGAACCCAGUACAUUCAGUGUGGGCAAUGAUAGGUUUGGCAGGGUAG